AGACAUGGCGGGCGGAGAGGAGCGAGUCCGGCUCUCUAAACGGGUUUUCAUCAACAAUAUUCACACCUACACAUCAAAACACAUCGCACAGUAUUUAGAUUCAUGUGUUGUUGGAGCGUCCCUUAUCGACAAGGCAGAUCCAGACUCAGAGGAAGAGGAAACAGUACAAGAUGAGCCAGCAAACAAAUCCAAACAAGGAACUUUCCAGGUUGUUGGAACUACUUCAGCCAAAUCAGAGGAGCAGAAACCCAGUUUUAUUGCAGCAGAAUAUACAAACUUAACACAUGAAGAGCUUUUCCAUCACCUGAUGGAGUCUGAUGUCAUCAUUUAUAACAUAACCGAGCAUGCUGAUCAGAUAGAGGAAGCUUCUUGGGCAGUCUCAGCUCUUCACAAGGAAAUGGAGGCAUUUUCUGGAUCCAAGAUGUUCGUCCUGAUCUCGACGGUCAUGACGUGGGCGCUGAGUAAGCCGCUUGAUCCAGAUGAUCCAGAGAUUCCUUUCACGGAGGAGGACUACAGGAGACGGAAAGCACAUCCCAACUUUAACGAUCAUAUCGCUUUGGAGAAGCUUGUGGUUAAACUGGGGAAAACUAAUCCGUCCCAGUUCUCUACAUAUGUUGUUGCCUCUGGACUGCAGUACGGAAUGGAAGAGCAAGUGUUUCAUUUCUUUUUCAAGACGUCCUGGCUGGGGGAGGUUCCGAGGGUGCCCGUGUUUGGAGAGGGUUCCAAUAUCAUUCCUGCUAUUCACAUCAAGGAUCUGGCCGGUGUUGUCCAGAACAUAAUUGACCAUAAGCCCAAACCUCAGUACUUUCUUGCUGUGGAUGAUUCAAAAAAUACCAUUGAGGACAUCGUCCGGGCAGUAGCACUUUUUGGCCCAGGAAAAAUCCAGAAAUUUCCAAAGGAGGAUGUUUAUCUCACACAGGACUUGACACAAACAGACAUUGAUUCCUUAUUUGUUGAUCUUCGAAUGGAGGCAGUUUUUCUGAAAGAGAAUUUUAACAUCCACUGGGUUUGUGAGAACGGCAUUGUUGAAAACAUUGAACGAGUCACCGAGGAAUACAAGCUUACAAGAGGACUGCUGCCUGUCCGCAUCUGUGUUCUGGGGCCUCCUGCUGUUGGCAAGAGCACUGUAGCUGAAAAGAUAUGCAAGCAUUACAAACUGCACCAUGUCAAACUCAAAGAGACCAUCGCUGAGACCCUCGCUAACCUAGAGGCGUAUGUCCGUGCAGAUGAGGGCGAUGAUGAGAACGAUGAAUCAUUAGCUGAAGCGCAGGAGUUUCUGGAGACCCUGAAAGAGAACAUGGAGCAGAAUGAAGGCCGUUUGGAUGACCAGUACAUCAUCCGCAUCAUGAAGGACAAACUGAUGUCAAAGCCAUGUAGAAAUCAAGGCUUUGUUUUGGACGGCUUUCCAAAGACAUAUGAACAGGCUAAAGAGCUGUUUUCUGUUGAUGAUGAUGAUGAUGAAGUGGAAGACGUGAGGUCAAAAAUCCCUCCACACAACAAAAAAAUCAUCCCAGAGUUUGUCUUCUCUCUGGACGCCACUGAUGCGUUCCUGAAGAAGCGCGUGUUGAACCUGCCCGAGAGCUUAGUGGAGGGGACGUCUUACUCCCAGGACAAGUUCCUGCAUCGUCUGGUCAGCUUCAGAGAGAAUAACUCAGAAGAUGAAACUGUACUCAACUACUUUGAUGAGCUUGAGAUUCUCACUGAGCAUAUAGAGAUCACAAGUGAUGAUGACCUGGAGUAUCUCCUGGUGAUGGAAAAGGUCAUUAAAAGUGUGGGAAAACCCAGAAACUAUGGGCCGAGCUCAGAGGAGGUGGAGCAGGAGGAGCGGAGGCAGGCGGAGAUCAGGCUCAGAGAGCAGGCAGCUCGGCAGGCUGAGAUGGAGCGCAGGGAGGCUGAGGAGACCGCACAGAGAACACAGCGCUGGGAGGAAUGGUCUCAGCGUCUGGAUGAGGUGAAGAGGCAGGAGGAUGAGCUGCUGGAGGAUCAUUCGGUUCCUCUGAGACAUUACCUGAUGAGGGACGUGAUGCCCACCCUCACUCAGGGCCUGAUCGAAUGCUGCAGGAUCCGCCCAGAAGAUCCAGUGGACUUCCUCGCUGAAUAUUUGUUGAAAAACAAUCCACAAGCGGAGUAAAACGCUGGCACCUCUGCAUAAAAGAUGAGUCUCAAUACUGUUCAUGUUCCUUUGAGAUGUUUAUUAAAGUCUUACAGCGGGAUAUAAAAGACGUUUUGUCAGUGACGGAUAAUAGAUUUUAGUACUCCAGUCGGGUGUUCGU